GGAAUUUGCUUUUUGAUUGGCAGUGAGAAUCCAAUAGGGUGCAAGGGGUCAAGGGUCAUCAGCUGACUGCUUCUUCUGUUGACACUACUUCUGAUUUGAAGAGUGAAGAGAAAAACCUCAGUCACACACGCUUUUACGAAUGGCAGCCUAAUCAUUGUGAUGUAGUUUAACUUCAGAGGGGGGCAGGUAGGAGAUUACACAGUCAAACAUUUCAGGGUGAUGUGGUAGAGGUUCUUUGAAGAGUUCUCUGAUUACUUAUCUGGGUAGCGGGAAGAACAGGCAGUAGGGAACUCUUAAACUUCUGUAGGAAGUGCUCUAUUACUUCUGUAGGAAGAACACCUUACUUCUGCCAAAGCUUGUUUGUAAUGAGAUCUGAAACAUUUUUGUCUUCUUAAGUCAUGCCUCAUUAGAGUCGGAUUCCAAGCAGUGUGUCUUGCGUGAAGUCCAGGAUGAACGGCUACGACACCCCCCCCCUCGCCCCUGGCACCUUCGGCUCCUACCCCUCCCACCUCAACGGCCAUGGCUCCAAAUUCCCCGAGCCUCAGGAGAAUAAAGCCAAAGUCAAAUCCAGUGCCAAAAGUCUGUACGGUUUAAACCUCUCAGCGGACAACUGGGAUCACGGCCUCUUACGGAAAAUCUCCAAGCAAAGGAAGCACUACACCAAGACCAGCAUCAACAGCCUGACGGACACAUCCCAGUACCAUGUGGAGCUCUUCUCCAGAGGUUCACCUCCAUCUCACCCCAAAGACGAGCUGGUGUGA